AUGCUGACUCAGCCUAACGAUUCCGUCGCUGCCGUUAACGGAAAAGCAAGCGAAUCGACGGUUCGGAAGGGAAGGCCGUUGGUGAAUAAAACGGCUCCGGUUAAGACUUCGAGCGGCUAUAAUCGGUCCGGUUCGGUACGUAAUUUGAGAAGAUAUACGUCUAAGCGAGCAAAGUUGGCGGUUCGAUCCUUCAGGUUGAAACUCUCAACGAUCUACGAAGGCUCCGUCGUUUAG